AUGGGUUUGGUUGGGUUCAGCAAGAAGGUCCUUCGACGACACUUAGAUCCCUUCCAACGGAGGAAGAUCAGAGUCCUCUCCUCCCUAGGUGUUGGAUUAGUCUUAGCACUGCUGUGCUUCGCACAGGACUUUGGAGACCAUAGCCAUAGAUCGCGCCGACUCCAAAGUGAUGAUGUGGAGACCACAACAGAAGCACCAGAUUUCUACUGGGACGAUUUACUUCUAGACAAGCCAUACAACAAAGAACCGACAGGCAAAAAAUUCCUCAUAGUUUUUCAUUGCAUUGGCAUUGCCUACCUGGUGCUGGGUUUGAACACAGUUUGCGACGUCUACUUUGCUGGAUCCAUUGACUUACUUUGUGAUGCUUGGAACUUGACGCCAGAUGUGGCAGGGGCGACAUGGAUGGCAGCAGGAGGAUCUGCACCUGAGUUCUUUACAUCAAUAGUUGGAGCGACUAUUGCACAGAACGACGUUGGCUUUGGCACGAUCGUGGGUUCUGCAGUCUUCAACGUCUUAUUCGUCAUCGGGCUGUGUGGAUACGUGGCAAAGGGAAACAUUGAACUCACCUGGUGGCCACUCUUUCGGGACUGUACAUACUACAUUUGUUCCCUAGCGGUCUUGGCUGCCUUCACAUUCAAUCAGCUGAUUGAAGCCUGGGAGGCGGCCAUCCUUUUCUCUUUGUAUAUUGGCUAUGUCAGCUUCAUGUUCGUGAAUAAGCCACUGAACGUGUGGGCGUAUCAGAAGACUGGCACUCCACUCCCCAAAGAGCUGCGGGACUAUGUGGAGGAAGUCAAUAAGACGAAGGCCAAGGUGGAGCCGGAACAGGUCGGCGCCAGCGAGGGAUCGCCGGAUCUCGAGGGGGAGACCGCAGCUGUAGCUGCAGAGUCAGCUGCAGCGUCAGAGCCAGCAGCUGCAGAGGCAGCAGCAGAGGAAGCUGCAGAGGCAGCCGUUGACAAGCCCGACAAGAUUGUGAUUCAGGAGCCGCCUCUUGAUGAAGAAGCGGGCCAUGCGGAUAAGGGUGCCUCAGCCGCUGAAAAAGAGAACCAAGAAGACGAUGACGAAGACGACGAUGAUGAUGAGCCCGAAGACUUCAUGAUCAUUCCAGAAGGCAGAUUCAAUCAAGUUCUGUGGGCUUUGAGCCUUCCAAUCUAUGUCAUGAUCUAUUUUACCCUGCCAUGGCCUUCGAAAGGCUCUAAGUUCUUUUUGGUGACCUUCGGUUUGUCAUUGCUGUGGAUUGGCAGCUUGACCUUCUUGCUCGUGUGGUUGACGGAUACAGUUGCAACAGUGAUUGGAAUCCCAACAAUCGUGUCGAGCGUGACGUUCCUGGCAGCAGCGACGUCUAUCCCAGAUGCCGUUAGCUCCAUGGCAGUUGCCCGAAAAGGACAAGCUGAUAUGGCAGUUAGUUCGUCAGUUGGCUCCAACAUCUUCGACAUUUUGGUCGGGCUUCCUGUCCCGUGGCUCAUCAAGUGUGCGAUUGAAGCCAACAAUUCGGAGUUUGAGGGGGUCACCAUCAAAUCUCCGUAUUUGAUGUUCUAUACGUGCCUCCUCCUAUUCAUGGUUUUUGGGACCGUUUGCAGCAUCAGGGUUAGCGGCUGGAAGCUGCAAAAAACACUUGGAGCAUGCAUGGCUGUCCUAUACUUUGUUUUCAUUGUCACCACUGUGUCAGUGGAGCUGUCACAGCCGACAUGGCUCAUGACCAAUCCACCAACCUGA